AUGAACGGCACACAAGCUUCCAACGGCGUGUUACACCUCGAUGCGCUGAUUAUUGGCUCGGGCUUCUCCGGGAUAUACCUCUUGCACAAGCUACGCGAUGAGCUGAAACUGAAGGUCAAGAUCUUUGAAGCCGAGUCGGAUAUUGGUGGAACGUGGAAUAAUAACCGCUAUCCGGGGGCACGGGUGGACUGUCCGGUUCCAUUUUAUGCGUAUUCAUUGCCUGAGGUAUGGCAGUCGUGGAAUUGGACGGAGUUGUACCCCAAUCAGAAGGAGAUCAAGUCCUACUUCGACCAUGUUGAUCGCGUGCUGGAUGUAAGGAAAGAUUGUCUCUUUCACUCGAGGGUCAACGAGGGCACGUUUGAUGAGGCGACUGGUCGAUGGACGGUCUGGACGACGGAUGGGAAGGUGGCGACGGCGAAGUAUCUGCUUGUGGCUGUAGGCUUUGCAUCCAAGUCAUAUCUGCCCGACUGGAAAGGGCUCGACUCGUUUAAGGGGACGAUUUACCACUCGGCCCAUUGGCCGGAAGCAGAGGAGAUCAGUGUGAAAGGGAAGAAGGUGGCUGUCAUCGGCACAGGCUCGACAGGCAUCCAGAUCUUCCAAGAGUGGGCAAGAGAAGCCGAGGAAGCGUUUCUCUUCCAAAGGACCCCGAAUCUCUGUCUCCCGAUGAGACAACAGGAGUUGCAUGCUGGCUAUCAGGUGAAAGAUAAGGGGGAAUAUGCAGACUACUUGGCGGAGUGUGCGUUAACCUUUGGUGGAUUGGAGUAUCAGCAAACACCAAAGAAUACAUUUGAUGCGUCUGAAGAGGAGAGAGAGGCGUUUUGGGAGGAUCUCUACCAAAUGGGUGGGUUCAGGUUCUGGCAAAAUAACUAUCAGGAUCUCUUGACUAGCCUUGACGCCAAUCGCGAGGCAUACAAUUUCUGGGCGCGAAAGACCCGUGCGAGAAUUCAGGAUCCGAAGAAGCGAGACCUGCUUGCUCCGCUAGAGCCCCCGUACCCGUUCGGAACGAAGAGGCCGUCCCUUGAACAGGACUUCUACGAGCAGUUCAACAAAUCGAAUGUCCAUAUCGUUGACACAAAAAGCCAGCCCAUUGUUGGUGUGACACCUACCGGCAUUGUCACCGCUGAUGAAAAGGUUCACGAAGUCGAUAUUAUUGCUGUGGCAACGGGCUUCGAUGCAGUGACUGGUGGCUUACUGCGCCUGGGUCUCAAAGACGUGAACGGUGUCGGUCUCGACGAACGCUGGAAGGACGGCAUGUCCACCUAUCUCGGCAUGGCCAUUAGCGGGUUCCCAAACAUGUUCCUCCCAUACAGCCUCCAGGCACCCACUGCUUUCGCCAAUGGACCGACUUUAAUUGAACUGCAGGGGGACUGGAUCACAUCCCUGAUCCGCAAGAUGGAGAUGGAAAACGUUCAAAGUGUCACGGCUACCCCUCAUGCAGAGAAAAGUGCCAGCCUUCAAGGACACCGCGGAUCAUGGCGUCUUCAUUUAGUUUGUCAUCGGAGCAAAUGUCUAGGAUGCUCAACCCUGACAAUUGCGCUAAAAGUUCGUCGGAGAAUUCAACCCGAGGUACUGAAAGUCGAAUUGUGGCUCUCUUAA